AUGUCGACUUCCUCGGUCCACUUUGUGCCAUUGGUUCUGCAAAGCUAUUUGAAGAACAGUGACGACGAGUCAGACUCUACGGAAAUUCGAGCUCUCAAGUCUAGACCCGCUAUUCAUGCUCGCGAGAACCACCUUGUCAACCUUGAACCUUAA